UCACUAUUACCCCACCCCACCCAGGCCUCUCUCCCGUCCCAUCUCAUCUUCUCCACUGCCACCGCCUCCUCCACCACCACCACCACCGGUGACGGGACAGGAAACCGCAAGGAUCCAAACGCCUUUCCGCUCCGCCGCUAACCGCCCAGUCGUAGUAGCAGUUGAGGGAGGAGGGGAACUAUGGGCGCCGUGGUGGAGUGCGACCGGAUCAGGGGCCCCUGGAGCCCCGAGGAGGACGACGCGCUGCGGCGGCUCGUGGAGCGGCACGGCGCGCGCAACUGGACGGCGAUCGGGCGCGAGAUCCCCGGCCGGUCGGGCAAGUCGUGCCGCCUGCGGUGGUGCAACCAGCUGUCGCCGCAGGUGGAGCGCCGGCCCUUCACGGCGGAGGAGGACGCCGCCAUCGUCCGCGCCCACGCGCGCCUCGGCAACCGCUGGGCCGCCAUCGCGCGCCUGCUCCCCGGCCGCACCGACAACGCCGUCAAGAACCACUGGAACUGCUCCCUCAAGCGCAAGCUCGCCGCCGCCGCCGCUGCUGGCGGCGCGGGCUCCGACGGCGCCGAGCUCGAGGCGCGGCCCAGCAAGCGACUGAGCCUGUCGCCGGACACCCCGUCGUCGGGCUCCGGCACGGUCUCCGACCGCAGCGACCUCAGCCACGGCGCCGGCUCCGGGUCCGGGCAGGUCUUCCGCCCCGUGCCGCGGUCCGGCGGGUUCGAGCCGGCGGACUGCGCGAUGAGCCGCCCGGCCGAGGACGACGACCCGCUGACCUCCCUCUCCCUCUCGCUCCCCGGCACGGACCAGCGCUUCCACCACGACCGCGCCCACAGCCAGUUCCAGGAGCUCCCGGCGUCCCCGCCGCCGCCCUCGCCGUCCCCUCCACCGCCUCCGCCCGCCCCGUCCGCCCCCGCCGCCGCGGCGUACCCGUUCAGCCCCGACUUCAUGGCGGCGAUGCAGGAGCUUAUCCGCGCGGAGGUGCAGCGGUACAUGGCGGGCGCGGGCGUCCGCGCCGGGUGCGGCCCCGCGGGCGGCGCCGGCCUCUGCAUGCCGCAGCUGGUGGAGGGCGUCAUGCGCGCCGCCGCCGAGCGCGUCGGCGCCGUCGCGCGGAUCAAGUAGGCCGGAUCGAUGAGUUAGGAGGAACGCAAUCGAGUAGUAGCGUAAAAAAAAAAGGAAACUGUCUCGGGGUUUUUAAUUUAAUUUUCUCAAAACUGCUGUGGAACCGAAACAGCAGCCGUGAACUGAGGAGAGAAAUGGGUCGAGAUGCAAAGGCUGAGCAAAGCUCGAGCUGCAUAAUGUAAGGGCAUGGCCGUUCGGCGGCGCUGCCUCCUCUGUACAGGAAAGGAAGACGAAAUGGAUCGCCGCAAAAUCUGAACUCGCCAUUUCUGCCGCACUA